AACCUAACAACUUUAUCAUGGCGGCUCCCAUGUAUCACAAACAAAGUGGCGUGCGCGUGCAUACAGUUUUUAUCACAAGAUUUUACUGAAUGAAACACCUGUGUAUAAGGAAAAGCGCUCAGUUGUCUGUCUGUCGCGACGCAGUGAAGUCAUGCUGAGCAGAGAGAUUCUAUACGGAGGGGGUUUGGUCGCCCUUCUAAUCGGAAUAAUAACGAUUCUAUUAUACUGGAAUUUCGUAAAAACUUACGACUUCUGGAAAAAAAGAAACGUUCCGUUUGUGAGACCUACUCCAUUUGUAGGAUCCGCCAUUGAUUAUGUCAUCAAAUCCAUUCAAGAAACAGAGUUGCAGAGAUACCAACAAUUCGGGCGCAUUUAUGGGCACUUUGAAGGCAUUCAGCCUCUGUUGUCGGUAGCAGAUCCAACUCUUCUUAAAAACAUCCUGGUCAAAGACUUCCAUGUUUUCCCCAGUGCAAGGUUGAUGACGAUCAGUGACGAGUUGGUGAGUAAAAUGUUGGGUAAUGCUAAAGGAGAAGACUGGAAACGUAUCAGAAGCAUCAUUUCACCCACUUUUUCCUCCGGUAAAAUUAAGAAGGUGAUAGAUAUCAUGAAAGACUGCUCACGAACUGCUGUCGAGAACUUCAAAACUGAAACGAGGGAUAAUUCUCCAGUAAACACAAAAAGAAUCUACGGUGCCUUCACCAUGGAUCUGAUCGCCAGCGCUGCCUUUUCGACUAAAAUUGACUCGCACAAUGAUCCCGAAAACGAGUUCGCAUCGACAGCAAAAAAGGCUUUUAGGAGAGAUUUCACUUGGAAAAAUUUGGUUCUGCUUGUGUUCCCCCAACUGAGGACAUUGCUUAGAAUUCCUGGUUUUCAACCUUUCGCUUUCAAUUUCUUUUAUGACGUUUCUUUGAAGAUCAUCGAAGAAAGGAAAAAGACUGGUGAGAGGGGAAAUGAUUUUCUCCAGCUGCUGAUGGACACUGCGAAAGAACUGUCCGAAGAUCCAAAUUCGGAAUUCAAGGAGAAAGACAAUGAAGACAUCGCCGUUUACGGAGGAGUUUCGGCUGAUCAUCAGGUCUUCAAGAACGUCUCCAAGAAACAUCUCUCCGUGACUGAGGUGAUUGCACAGUGCAUCACCUUCUUCUUCGCCGGCUACGAAAGCGUGUCCACUGCGUUGUCCAUGGCCACCUACAUGCUGGCUUUGCACCCGGAUGUCCAGGAGAAGGUCCAUGCUGAUUUGGUCAAAAUAGUUGAGGAAAACAAUGGUGAAUUGACCUUCGAUGGAGUCCAGAGUGCAAAGUAUUUGGAUAACAUCAUAUCUGAAACUCUACGCCUUUUCCCUCCCAUACUACGAACCGAGAGGCAGGCGGUCUCAGAUUACAAGCUGGGCGACACCGGAAUCACCCUACCCAAAGGAACGGUGAUCACUGUACCCAUAUACGCCAUGCACAGAGAUCCGGAGUUCUUUCCGGACCCAGAAAAGUUUGAUCCAGACAGGUUUUCCCCAGAGGAGAGAAGCAAGCGGGAUCCAUAUGCUUACUUGCCAUUCGGUGCAGGCCCAAGAAAUUGUGUCGCCAUGCGAUUCGCUCUCGUCGAAAUUAAAGUCUGUCUGGCAUACGUUAUCCUCCAUUUCAAGAUCAAAAGAUGUCCGGAGACUAAGGUUCCAAUGGAAUAUUUUCGGGGCGUUGGACUUUUGCAACCGAAAGAUGUCACUGUUACGCUAGAGAAAAGAGAGGAAAAUCCUCUUGUUGAUUAAAACUGUUUAAGCAGGAAGAAGACUGUGAUGAGAAGCGGCAGGGAUUAAAAGUACAAACCUCACAAUAUUCGAUCAAUAUUGCCUUUUAUUUUUAUAACCAAUAAAAAAAAAUUUUACUUGAAGAA